AAGACAGUAUCCGGCGGAGAGUUUCCAUCGAUCGGCCUUUUCAGCUGAGAGUGUCGGCCGGGCUGCAGUAAGAGCCAGUGUCUCCUGAAACACCUCGACACAAUCCGACAAAAUGAUCAUCUACAGGGACAUCAUCACCGGAGACGAGAUGUUCUCGGACAUUUACCGCAUGAAAUUUUCCGAGAACGGAAUGAUGAUCGAGGUCGAGGGAAAGAUGGUCAGUAGAUCAGAGGGGGCGAUUGACGAUGCGCUGAUCGGUGGAAACGCGUCCGCUGAGGUCCUGGAUGAGGGCUGCGACACAACGACGGUGAGCGGAGUCGACAUUAUACUCAACCACAAGCUCCAGGAAACCAGCUACGACAAGAAGUCUUACACAGUCUACAUCAAGGAGUACAUGAAGGCGGUCAAGGCUAAACUGCAGGAAACCGCUCCGGACCGGGUAGAGCCUUUCAUGGCUCAUGCUCAAGCUGAGGUCAAGAAAAUCCUAGGCAAAUUCAAGGACUACCAGUUUUACACAGGUGAAUCCAUGAACCCCGACGGCGCGAUUGGUCUGCUCGACUUCCGCGCGGAUGGAGUCACACCAUACAUGCUCUUCUUCAAAGACGGACUUGAGAUGGAAAAAUGCUAAUCACCCUCUGCUCGUGUCCCUGACUGCGUCUCCUCAUCAGCGGGUGGCUGUGAAAAAGCUUUUGGAUCAGAUGACUCAUUCCACUCGACUCCCAUCAGGAUCAGAACUGGAAGCUCUUUUAAACCCCCCCUCUCUUCAUCCUCUACGGGCCCCUGCUUCGAUUCCUCUCAGUGUCCAUGCAGAUGAACUCGCAGCCCCUCCACACACACCAGCUCGGGGGUGAACAGUAUUGUAGUGAGCUGAAUCACAUCGCCGAGAGCUUUUUUUGCCUUGUCGGAGAAAAACGACAUGAUACAGCUCACGUUAGGGUUUAUUUUUUUAAACUAAUUUCAUCACCGACUUUGACCGCCUGGGAAUUGGUUUUGCUGUGUGCAUGUCAGCGCUCAGAAGGCGGUUGUUGCAGGUAUUAUUAUUCCUCCCAACGUCCACCCCCUUUCCAUGUUCUCCAAAAAAAUCACGGGAUUGUAAAGGAUUUCUUGGCACUAUUUGUGAAAUAAAGUCAAGCUGCUGGCUAAAAGGUG